UGCACGUGCGGAAUAUUUUGACAUUUCUACCGCUACUAAUGAUAAAUUUUGUGUUUUGUUCAACUUGCGUGAGAUAUAAUAGUGAAAUAUAGAAUUUAAUUUGCAAAAUGGCAAAAGAUAAACCACAAAAAUCGGUAAAAGCGAAGAAAAGUGAUACAGCACAGCAGAGUGCCACUUCCAAUGCGUCAACAACGACAUCCGCUAUCUGGCAGGAUGAACGUUUCCAGCACCUGGUCAGCGAUCCUCGUUUUCGCGGCAUACCUAAGGCACAGCGAAAAGUGAAGAUUGAUAAGCGUUUCCAGGGUAUGUUCACUGAUGAUAAAUUUAAAGUAAAGUACACUGUGGAUAAGUAUGGACGACGUGUCAAUAAAAGUAAUGUCGACGAUCUACGCAAGUACUACGAACUCAAUUCAUCAGACACUGAAACAGACGAAGAUGAAAGUAAGCCACAGGAAGAAGUUGCUGAAGCCGAUGAUGAUGAAGCAGCGGAGGAAUUGGAACGACGCAAAGAAGAAAAAGCUAUAACACGUGAGGAUGAUUCCGGUGCGAGCACACCCAGUGAAGAGGAAAUAGGUGAAAAUGAUGAGCUUGGUAGCGAUGGCGAAGAUGUGCCCAAAACGCUGCGUGAACGCUUAUUAAAUCCAAAUAUUGAUUAUGCGCGUGGUGAAGGCAGAUUGGUAACAGAUUCCUCAUCGGAUGAUGAGUCCAGUGAUGAAGGUGACGAACUUGAGGCAAAUAUAGAUCAUGUUUGGGGCGAAUUAGAUCAAGAAGCGGAGACAACAGAUGAAUCUACAAAUAGAUUGGCAAUUUGCAAUAUGGAUUGGGAUCGUAUACGUGCCGUUGAUUUAAUGGUGUUAUUUAGUUCAUUUCUACCACCUGGCGGUAGUGUCUUGAGUGUGAAAAUAUAUCCAUCGGAAUAUGGAAAAGAGCGUAUGCGAGAAGAGGAUAUACAUGGACCCACUGAACUUGUUGGACUUGGAAAGGAGAUGAAUGGUGCUAAGAAUGACGGUGCUGACUUUGACUCAGAUGACGAGGAAUUGGUCAAAGACCAAGAUAGUGAUGCUGAGGAAGGCGAUGAAUAUCACAUGGAAAAACUACGUCAGUAUCAAUUAAAUCGUUUACGUUAUUACUAUGCGGUGGCUGUUUUUGAUAGUAUCGCUACUGCGGAUAAGAUUUAUAAAGAAUGCGAUGGCAUUGAAUAUGAGAGUUCAGCAACCCGUGUUGAUUUACGCUUCAUACCCGACGAUACUAAUUUCGACGAAGACGAGCCGACCGAUAUAUGCACUGAUUUGCCAGAUACAAAUAGCUAUAAACCGCGUCAAUUUACAACAACUGCCUUGCAACAAGCUAAAGUCGAUCUGACUUGGGAUGAAACAGCUGUGGAACGACAAGAAUUAGGAGAAAAACUGUCCAGUGGAAAAUUAAAUGAAAUUAGUGACAAGGAUUUACGGAAGAUGGUUGCCUACAGCAGUGAGGAAGAUGAUGAUAGCGGCGACGGAGAAGAAGUUGGGGAAGAGCAGAAAAAUGAUGAGUUGGCAAACAAAUCUAAUGAAGAGUUGAAAGUUGAAAAGCCAAAACGUAAAAAGGAUGAAAUAAUCAACAAAUACAAAGCACUACUAGCCGAAAUCAAUGAGAAGGAGCAGAAAAAGAAGAAUAAUAAAUUUGAAAUGGAGAUAAGUUGGAAUGUAGAUGAGCAAAAGGAUGACAAAGAUAAGCAGGCAGAAGACUCCGAGGACCAAAACAAGAAACAGCACUUGACACCAAUCGAAAAGGUACUGCAAAAGCGUAGCGAACGCAAUAAACAACGCAAAGAGGAACGUAAGAAGAAGAAGAUGCAAGCGCGUGGCUUAGAUCCCGAUGCGGACAACUCGUCAGACUCGGACAGCAUACCAGACGGUAUUGAUAUGAACGAUCCUUAUUUUGCGGAAGAAUUCGCUGGUGGUGAAUUCGUUGACAACAAAGCGAAAAAACGCGAUAAGCAAAAGAAACAACAAAGCGAAUUGGAUAAGCAGCAGGCUGCCGAAGAGGAGGAAAAACAAGCGAAGGAACUACAACUACUCUUGGACGAUGAUGAUUUGGAAGAGCAAGGCAAGCAACACUUCAGCUUAGAGAAAAUACUCAAGUCCGAACAAGAAACCAAAUCAAAACGUAAACGACGCAAACAAUUGAAAAAAUCUAAAUCAACAAUUGCCGAAGAAACAAAGCCAAUCGAGGACAACUUCCAAAUUAAUAUUAAUGACGAUCGUUUCAAGGCUGUUUACACCUCGGCCAAAUUCAAUAUAGAUCCCACCGAUUCACAUUUUAAGAAGACCAAAGCGAUGGAUUUGAUUAUAAAAGAAAAGCUGAAGCGCCGACAUGGUGACGACGGCUUACGAAAUGGUAAUGAUGGCGACACUCAGGAAGUCGAAGUCAAAAGGCCGAAAAAGCAAUUGGAGAAUACGCUGUUGGUGAAGAGUUUGAAGCGCAAAAUUCAAAUGCAGCAGCAGAAGUGAAGUUUUUAAAUUUGUUUUUGUUAAAUUUACAUAAAUGAAGUUAUGUCUGUGUUUAAUAAGUUUAGAAUGAAGUUUUAGUAUCGAAAAAUGAUAUUAAUAUUUAAGCAUAAAAUUUUAAACUAAAAAAAGUUAAAAUAAAAUGUUUAUACAAAGAUAAAA